ACCCUCUGAAUUGUGAGUGGCUUACGACACUCAGUGAACAGUCUGCGUUUCUGCAUGCACGGUCAGUGUACCGGUCUGCUGCGAGGGAUUGUGCGCUCCUUUGCCUUCCACAUUUACCGCCCCUGCUUGCCUACCAGCACUAACCUUCAGCACCCUCUUCCAGUCGCCUAAGAAAUCGCCUCGGAGAGCGAUCGAGCGAGCGAGGGGAGGGAGAGAGUGAAACCUGCAAGCUGCUGCGGAUGCAAGAGGUUUUUUUUUUUUUUUUUUUUUUUCUACCGAGGUGAGCCAUUGAGAUGACAUGGAAUAUUGUCAAAACAGGGUUCACCACUUCCAAUUCUUUCUUCCUCCCACUGAAAGCAUGAUUUAAGGGAUUUAAACAGAUCUGUGAUUGCUUGCUGAGAUGGGCGAUAAUAUACGCUGCCGGGUCUGCUGAAACUUAAGCAAGAAGGGGAGGAGAAAGGAAAAAAAAAAGACAGAUAUCGAGAAAAAAAUGUUCUCCUCUCCCCAUGAUCAUUGCAGCAGAGGACUGCGGAGGAGCUGAGGAGACCAAGCUCAUGCAUGCUGACCGGGGAACUUGCGCUUUCUACCAUCUCCCUACUUGGAUUCCGUCUCUUUCUGUCUCUUUCACUUGAGGAGAACUAAGACAUUGUAAGCCUGCCAAGGAUCUGGUGUCCACUGAAAGGCGAGAAGGGAGGGGGUGGUGGUGAAUUUGUACCACAGUGGGGUCCUUUUUAGAUCCACACAUAAUUAGUGUCGGGGCACAAAGCGAGACGCUGAAUGGAGAUUGUCAGCUUUUGGAUAGGGGGUGAGUAGGAAUCUUUUCAGAUAAGAUCGAUCCAUGAGGACAUUUUUUUUCAUCUUUCGUCUCCACCCACCAUUUGAUCUAUAUCAUAAGAGACUUUAUUUGGAUUUCUUCAGCCGGCUAAAUGAAAAAGACUAGUCCUGCGUUAAGCUAAAAUCCACAGAAGAAAUAAGAUUUAAAAAUAAGAAAUAAAGCAUGAUGUGCUACAUAUGAUGUGAUAAAGUAGAAAAACAAUAUCCAGAGUGAAUGGACAUUUGCUCAGUGACAUCCCUGGAUAUUCAUGCUGAUGGAUUUCCUUUUAAUUGGACUGUAUUUAAAGUGGCCAGUGAAGAAGCCCCCUGGGUUGAUACUGUUUUCAUUGGGCAUUUUUUUAAGGACGGUCCCCUUGGCAGAGGGGGUUUGUCCCAGGCUGUGCCGCUGCGACAGCAAGCUGCUGUACUGUGAGGGGCUGAACCUCACGGACAUUCCCCAAAAUCUCAGCAGUGCCAUGGGUCUGUCCAUGAGAGAGAACAACUUGACUGAGUUGCGUGAAGGCCAACUGGCUGGCCUGUCACAGCUCACCUGGCUCUACCUUGAUCACAACAACAUUGACAUUGUGGAAGAGGCUGCGUUUGACAGGUUAAGGCGGGUCAAGGAAUUAGACCUGAGCAGCAACCGAAUUGAAAGUCUGCCAAAUGGUACCUUUAGGCCCCUCCCAAACCUGCGCAUCCUUGACCUCUCGUACAACAGGCUGCAGGCCCUUGAGCCUGACUUGUUCCAUGGCCUUAGAAAGCUCACCAAUUUGCAUUUGCGCUACAAUGCUCUCAAAUUUGUGCCAGUGAGGAUUUUCCAAGACUGUCGGAGCAUGCAGUUUCUUGACUUGGGAUACAACCAACUGCAGAGUCUGGCACGGAACUCCUUCGCUGGACUCUUCAAGUUGACAGAGUUGCAUCUCGAGCACAAUGAGCUGGUUAAAGUCAACUUAGCCCACUUUCCUCGCCUGAUCUCUUUACGUACCUUGUAUAUGCACAACAAUCGCGCAACUAUCGUUGUCAAUACCCUGGAUUGGACUUGGCACUUCUUGGAGAAGAUCGACUUAUCAGCCAAUGAAAUCGAGUACAUUGAGCCGCAUGUUUUUGAGAGCGCACCCAACCUCAAGGUAUUGAUGCUGGACUCCAAUCGGUUGAUUGCUAUGGACCAGCGCAUCUUGGAUUCAUGGUCCUCCCUGACCAGCAUUACCCUUGGAGGAAACGACUGGGAGUGCAGCCGCAAUGUGUGUGCCUUGACCUCCUGGCUGAGUGCCUUUCGAGGGCAACGUGACAAUUCACUGCUGUGUUCAAGCCCGGACACAGCACAAGGUGAGGAUGUCUUGGAUGCCGUCUAUGCUUUUCAACUAUGUGAAGAUCCCCCACUGGAAGUUACCUCAGCAGGCCUGUACGCCUCGACAAGGGAUCAAGUUCAUGGUGGCUCUGUGUUCCUUGGCCCGUUUACCCCCAACCCUUACGAAGGUGAGGGCGGCGAAGUGGUCACCAGUUCUUUCACCGUCACAGUAGGCCAUGACGACCUGGAGAGCACCAUGCAGAUCCACAAAGUUGUGACAGGCACAAUGGCCCUCAUAUUUUCUUUCCUCAUCAUCGUGCUCAUGUUGUAUGUGUCAUGGAAGUGCUUUCCAGCCGGAAUACGACAGCUGAGGCAGUGUUUCAGCAGCCAGCGCCGUAAACAGAAGCAGAAGCAAAGCAUGCAGCAGAUGGCUACAAUUUCUACACCGGAGUACUAUGUUGACUACAAGCCGAACAAUAUUGAGGGAGCUCUGGUGAUCAUCAAUGAAUAUGGCUCAUGUACUUGCCAGCAGCAACCUUCUCGGGAAUGUGAGGUGUGACCUUUAUAUGUGGCUAUCCAGCAAAGCGGUUCUUUUUGGAUACACCGGCGAGUGCACGGAGGAUUAAAUGUAUAUUUUGGUCACAUCUUACGCAGCAUCUCACUGUGAUAUGGAAGGAGUUUGCUUCAUGCAGCUGACCAUUUUGCUGUGGAUUUCCUGCUGUUUCUUUGCCCAUUUGAUGCUACAAGGCAGAACGGGCUCUUGACUCUUGGAAUGGUUGAUGUAAUAGCAGCACGAAGAGGAAUACAUUACAAGCUGCACAUUUUCUCCCCUGAUUUAUGGAUAUUUGAGCUUUAAUGUGUCUUUCGGCUACAGGACAUGUAAUUAAACUGUGGACAAAACAUUUGUAUUAUGGUAAACACUAUUUCACAAGGAUCUAACAUAUAUAAAAGAUAUUUAAGUUGGAUUCAAAAUGUAAAGAUACAAAUAUAUGUACAAAUAUUAAGAGGUGCAAGUGUGGAGAAAAAUGAUACACGAUAAUCUAUUUCUUUUGUAAACUUAAAAAAAAAAGCAAAAUGUUUAAAUACAUGAAUGCUAUUCACAUUGAAAUCAUUUGUAUGUGAAAGGUUUGUCAGAAAGGAUGGAUGACAAAUGUGUUUGGUGACUUGAGUGCAAUAUCUCUGCAGUCCUCUGAACAAAAAUAAAUAAAUACAUAAAAAUAACUCCCAGAAAAUGAAAGAGGCAUAUUUGCAUAUCAUCUCAAAUGUAAUAGCCAUGGUCUAAAUUUCUAUUUUAACUCGCAUUGUGUUGCUUUAUGAUCCACUGUGUUGGUUCACUGGUAGUAUUGUUCCCUUCCCUUGCUUUGAAUUAACUUGAUCAUAUAUUUUGAUCAGUUACACGUUCAUAUUGUUAUAUCUGUGUACCAUCAAAGUAAAAAAAAGAAAAAAUAAGAUAUAAAGUCUCAUUGCUUCUCACUUGUUGUGGCUUUCACUGAAUCAAGCACAUGAAACAACAGCAACAAUCUACACCAGACAUACUGUACCUAUAAUCAAAAUGCAGAUUUGAAUUACUAAAAUAGAAUGAUCCACCAGCUUCAAUGGAGAUUUUCACAUACAACCUUCUGUGUUUUUAUGUUAUGUAAAAUGUUGCACACAAGGACAUUAGAAGUGUAUAUACUACUGUAAAUACACUUCUUUUUUUGGUGUUCAUAUGUACAGAUGUUGUUUCCUCUGUCCUUUUACAUUAGCUGCUGUAUUUUGUGGCAAGAGGCUGGCGGGGCUGUAGGAUGAAGACGGGGAAUCACAGUGACUGCAGACAGAGGGAACAGACUGCUCUCUAGUGUGUAUAUAUUCACAUCAGUGUGGAUGCCUUUUGCCUAUUGUACACUACAUUCUGACUCUCAACUCCCCGCAGCAGUGGAGGCAUACAAUGACUUUGCGAUGGCUUCUUUUGUGGAGAGGAAAAAAAAAAAUCACUGCAGAAUUUUGUUGUGUUAUUUUGAUAUAUACUAAGAUUAUGUUUACAAAUUGUUAUUCGACAGGAAUUUUAAAAAAUGUCUUCAGAAUUCAGACAAUAUUUACCUAUUUCGAAUAAGGGUUACGCAUGGACUUAAGGGGCCACUCAGGACAUAACAUACAGUGGAACCUCGGUUUCUGUGGCAUUGGAUUCAAUUUUGGACUAAAAUGAAAAAUACCUAUCGCACCAAAUAAACUACUAGUCAGCGGAAUUGAGUACCUAAAUAAAGCAGCCACACAUUGGUGACAGUGUCUGUGAAGGAUUGAUUGGGGCCCUUUUAAAGUUAGGACACUAUAGGCAGAUUCCGGACAGCGAAUCCUUGAAUCUUCCUCAUUAUGUGUGUGUGGGUGGGUUAUUUGUUCACAGAACACACACAGAAACAUGAACAAUUCAACAUUUUCCUCAAAGCACAGUGUGCCAUAGACUGGUGAGGCGUUCAAAAGCACUGCAUAUUUUGGAGUGUUAGACUGUACAUGCCAGAAAUUGGACAAAAAAAGUGCAAAACAAUACCCAACUCAAGAAAAAAUGGUACCAAAGAGUGAAGGUAGCAUCUGUUACAAUAAUAUUCUCAUGUAAAAGUAGAAACCUUUAACACAGGCUGCAGAGGGGAUGGUUUAAGGUACACACAUAAUAAAAAGUGUUACAGGCUGGUGUGUUUAAUUGCACCUGAGUGGUGAAGUUUACUGAAAUUUAAGAAAAUUCAAGUGAAGAAGUAUGCAGCUCUAACUGUCAUACAGUAAAGAUAAUGUCCGUACCUCCCCUCCUCAUACCACUUAUGUUAUAUCACAUUGGUUUCUGCAUGCCAAAGAGGAUGGAUGACAAUAUUUUGGUUUUGGAUGUCUGGAAUGGAUUUAUCGGAUUUGCAUUAUUCGUUAAGGGAAAAAUUGCUUCGGUGUCCGUAUGUUUUGGACCCCCCUGGAAUGGAUUAAGGAUGAAAACCGAGGUUCCACUGUAGUCUUUUCUCAGGCAGGAUAAUGACUGUGAUUGUGAAACUGAAAUGGUUGUCACUGGGAAAAAUUGUCAAACUAACCAUAUUUGGACAUGUGAAAAAAUGAGGACACCCCUUGAAGCUAGCUAGAUAGCUAGCUCUUUUACUUUAAAUGCUGCAUACAAAAUGGUGAGAAAUUGGCAAAAGAUGCAUCCCCGCUGUGUUGCCUGUGCUAUUUUCUUUUUUUGACGAAUACACCACAUGGUGGUGUAAACCCAUUAAACCCCAAAUUUUGACCCCAUAA